AUGGCUGCCGCCAUUGGAAGGCUCGCAGCUAUGGGUACUAAAACGGGAGGAAAAUUGGCCGUAAAAACCGUUGGCAAGAAGGGUGGAAAGAAGUUUGCUAAAGAUCUAGGCAAGUCAGGGAAAGGGAAGGGCUUGAAAAAUGUGCUGGGAGGAAAAAAAGGAGGCAGCCCGAAACAGAUCAUGGGUGGUAAUAAAAGCGGAUUCAAAAAACUUGAAGGGGUUUCGAAGACCAAAGGAUCAGAAAUGAAAGGAAUAACAGGCAAGAAAGCAGGUAUGAAGAGUAAACUUGAAGGGAAAUCGGCGAAAAUGAAAUCGUCCUCUUUACAAAUGAAAUCAUCAAGAUCAAAGAUGAAAUCAAACAAAAGUGAUGGGCGGAAAUCACCUGGUAGUAGCAAGUCAAAAGGAAAAUCUAAAGGUGCUGAUAAAGUGAAAAAUAAAAAAGCCAACCGGAAAGAAAAGUCCAUGAAAUCUGCGAUGGAUUUGACGAAUGAGGAUGAAACUGAAGUAACUGAAGAUGUUAGAGAAACAGAGGAAGAAGAUGAUGAAAUAACAGGGACUGACUAUGACACGGAGAGAUCGGAAAUUGAGAGCACCAGUUUUGAAAGUAGAAAAGAAAAGAAACUUAAAAUGGGGAAGAAAAAAGUUAAGGCAAAGAACAUGGGGCUAUCUGACGAGGACUCAGUUAAAACCUAUGAAACUAAAAAGAAAGCAAAAGGCAGGCAAAAGAAUAAAAGGAACAAAAAGGGUGAUACUUUUGAAGAAGAAUCCGAAGAGACUAAAAGUGUGAAGAAAAAAGAUGCUAAAAACAAAAGGCGUGAAAAAGAAAGUGAUAAUAAAAGAAAACUUUCGUUUAUAUUCAAAAAGAAUUCAAAAGAUGACCUCUCGGACACUGAUAUGGAGUCGGUGAAAAGAAGCAGCACUAAUCGUAGGUCAACAUUUGAAAAGAAAAGGCCAAAAGUUGAGUCUGUUGGUUCUGACUCAGAAGAUGGACAUCCAAAUGAGAUAAAUACCAAGAGGAAAGGUUCUUUUCAAAGAUCAUGGGUAAAAAAACGUGGAUCGCAUAAAUAUUCAGUUGACAGCGAAGUCGAUGAUAGAUCAACAAAGAUUAAGAGAAGGGACGACAUGACAGAUGAUGGUGAUACUGAAACUGCCACACAUGUGGAAUUGUCAGAUGACUUAAAGCAUCGAAAAAGUAGUAGGGUUAAGAAUUCAAAAAUACUGGAAUUAGACUCUGAAUUUGAAAGUUCGUUUCUUCGUGAUCGAAAACAACGCAAUUCAAAAAAGAUCAAUGUCAGUAGGCAUUCUCGCACAGCUCUCAAUCACUCACCGUCAGAGGAUGAAUCAGCCACGAAUGUUUCAGAUAUGCAUUCUAGAAAAAAAAGCCACAAUGAAAUAGGUCGAAGAAAUGAAAUUGAAGACGAUUCUAAUGCAGGUGGCUGCAUGUACGUCAACGAACUUUGCAAAGCAAUCCAACGAUUCACAACCAACAAUGAAGGUGUUGAUGUGGAGCGGCUAAUCAAUACGUUAGUGGAUGUUGCAAGGGGGCCAGGCGAUGCUGCAAGCAGGAAAAAGUCGUUGGCGAAGCAGGAUGAUGUCUCUGACCACAAGAGAAACCCGGCUGGGGAUGCUAAUCACAAUCGAGAAUCUCAGAGGAAAAGCAAACGAGAAUCCCGUAGAUCUACCAAACGCGAAUUUCCGGAGAAAAAACGCUCUAGUUUAAAUCAGACAAUGCCAGGAGGAGAAAAAGGAGAAAGUACAAAUCAAAACAUAACUUCGGAAAAUAAUGCAAAAGAGUCCGAUUCAAAGCACUGUGGGACUCAACCAAACGCAGACUCCUCUCCACCUCAGGCAAAGUCAGGUAAUAAUUGUGAUGAUCUUAUUGACCGAGACUUUAACAUGAUGCUGUUUAGAGUAGCAAAGGAACUUAUUAUGGAUGAGUACACGAAAGCGAGAAAGCCCGAAGCAGAAGAGAAUGAUGAGUGGUUGAGAGCUUUCGAAAUGGUGAUCAAAUUCGACAAUGCAAAGGAUAUCAGGGCCUCACAAUUGAAGCACGAGGAAAUGAAGCUAGAGUCGAAGUAUUUAAAGAAGGGACAGGCGAAGCAUUUUAAACGAAGCGGGUUAGGAGGUGAAUCUGGCGGAAGUCGUAAACCACAUGAAAAUGGGGAAGUUGCAGACGACUGUACUGGUGGGUUUAGAGAGGAGGGAACUUAUCAACGUCGAAGCAAACUUGAUCACCUGUACGAUUUAAUCUAUGCACUAAGAGGUGCCCCAAGAAAGGCCUCAGCAAAACAGAUGAACCAGGCACUACCGUCAAACGUGGAUCAAUCACAAUCUGCCCAAUUGGUUCCAGUUUAUAUGCCUUGGGAGCUGCCCCAAAUUACUGAUCCCUACUCUGCCUACUACACAGACGCCUACUGCUAUGACACUAACGGUUACUACCCUCAGUGCUGA